AUGUCCAGCAACGAUAGCAAAGAUUUGAAAGAAGAUAGAGAUGCGCUCGAUGCUCUUGAGCUUGAAGCCAAAGAAUUUGACAAGGAUGCUGAGAUUGACCGCAUCUUGAAGGCAUUUCGCCUCGACGCUUAUGCUGUUCUUGAUCUCCAACCUGGUGUCCCUGACUCAGACAUCAAAGUUACUUACCGCAAGAAGUCUCUACUCAUCCAUCCCGAUAAAACAAAGAAUCCACUGGCUCCAGAUGCCUUCGAUCGGCUAAAGAAGGCUCAGACAGAGCUCAUGGACGAGAAGCACCGUGCACGACUAGAUGAAGCAAUCGCGGACGCUCGAAUGUUGCUUAUUCGCGAGAACAAAUGGACUGUCGACAGCGAAGAGCUCAAGACCGAAGAGUUCCGAAAGAUGUGGCGCGCAAAAGCGCGAGAUGUUCUCAUUGAUAACGAGCAUCGCCGACGUCGCCAGAUGAAAGCCCAGCUACAGGAAGAAGGUCGUGAACAACGACGUACUGAUGCUGAGGUGGAAGAGCGUAAGCGCAAGCGACAGCAUGAACAGGACUGGGAAGCCACUCGGGAUGAGCGGAUCAGCAGCUGGCGACAAUUCCAGAAAGGAUCAGGUGGCGAGAAGAAGAAAAAAAAGAAGCCCAAGCCCAUCGGCUAG